AUGAUCGGGUCAAUUCCAUUUCCCCAUUCGUCAACAGAUCUCAAUGCUAAAAAUUUUAAUGAGGAGAGUGCACAGUUGGCUUCGGUGCCCAAACGGAAGACUAGCAAGACACCUAAAAUUAGCAAUGAAUUGAAGAAUUUGCUAGAAGACGCAACUAGAUACGACCCAUCCUUUGAUUAUUCAUUACCUAGAAGUUACAUAAGGACAUCUAACAGGAAAAUAGGAAAAAACGAGACGCCAGAGACUGAAGUUAAGCAAAAGAUAUCUAGAAAGCCAAAAUCAGUGCGAACCUCAAGUGCAAAGAAGCUUUCUGUGACUAAAACUAGGACUGCCAAUGGUAAGAUUAUGUCCCUAAAGAAGAAGAAAAAAGCUAUAAGCAAAACUGUCGCCAAGAAAGAAAAACGCCAAUUUAAAUCGAGUAAGACUAUUACGAAGCAAAAAAUUGUAGACGACGAUUCCUCACAAGUUGUCUCUGAUUCAUCGACAUUUGUUGAACAUGAUACCGAACAGACGGAUGUACAUGAAUCCAUAACAAAUCGAGAAAAAUCAACUUUUGUGGAUUGGGAUGGUCCUUUGCUCGACCUGGAAUACCCACUCUUCGAUAUCGACUAUCUAAAUUCUAAUGAAAGUUUUGUAGGGAACCCUACACCUUCUACCAUCUUAACUGAGUUUUUUCAACACAAAAGAAAAAGGCAACGUUCGCCAGAUUGGAGCCCCACGUAUACUUCAGUUUUUUUACAUUCUCCCUUAUUUUCACAUUAUAAAGAGGAAUAUCAUAUUAAUUUUGCUGGAGAGCUAGAUAGGUAUAACCCAAUGUCAGAGAUUGGCAAAGCAAUUGAAUAUACAGCGUUAGUUUAUCUACCAGAACAAUAUUCGAAAACUUUACAAGAUGAUAUUAUUAAAAGACUAAAUGAAGCAUACGACAAAGAAAACUUACCCUCUUUUGUUGAGGCAGUUUCUGAUUAUAACUCAUUUAUCGGGAAAAUUCCAAGAUCAGAAAUUAUUAAUCACUUGCAAAAUGUAAAACAAGUACCUCAAACGUUCAUUCACGACUUUUUGCAUAUUCCAUACACUAGAACAAUCCAUUUAAAUGCUUCAAAAUUAAAACAUUAUGAAGCAUUCAGUAAUUACGUUUAUGGUGAACUCUUACCUGGAUUUUUAACCGAAGUGUUUUUGAAGUGUGGGUUAGGCCCCGAUAAAACUUUUAUGGAUUUAGGAUCGGGCGUUGGCAAUUGUGUCAUUCAAGCCGCCUUAGAACAUGGCUGCAAAUUAAGUCUUGGCUGUGAGAUUAUGCCCGAUGCUAGUGAACUAGCUGAGCUACAGUAUAAAGAAUUAUUAGAACGCUGCAAAUUGAUGGGAUUCAACAUGGCACCAAUUGAGUUUUUAUCAAAACAAAGCUUUGUCAACAACGAUAGAAUUAACCAACUGGUUCCUGAGUGUGACGUUCUUCUAAUAAAUAAUUUUCUCUUUGAUAGUGCUUUAAACAGGGAGGUUCAAAAAAUACUACAAAGCGCUAAACCAGGCUGUAAAAUUAUUAGCUUAAAAAAUUUAAGAAGUUUUGGUCAUACGAUUAAUUUUAAUGAUCUAGAAAACAUUUUGAAUAGAAUCAAAGUAGAGAAAUCAGAUCUUAAGGAGAAUAGCGUCUCAUGGACACAUAAUGGCGGAGAAUAUUACAUUUCAACUGUAUUAGAGGGUAUAGACGAAUCCCUACUAGAUCCAACGGCCAGAUUCAGGCGCCAAAAGAGACAACUCAAAUAUACUCGAUGA